CUCUGUACUAUGGCCUCAUAUGCACGCACAGCUCCCAGCGCUGCGAAUCCCCCAUCCAUCGCCUUGGUUGGCUCCCCAUGGCCGCCGCUGCAACCUUCUGCUUCGGGCGCCUUUUUCCCUCCCCUUGGUCUUGUCCACAACUACUACACAGUACACAGAGCGUGAUGAGGCUUGUCUGCAUUCCAUGUCGCACCUUUGCCCCCCCCUCUGCGUCAUUCCUGCUGUCCACCCCAACGCCAGCGACACCAAUGCAUCCGCCCAUCAUAGACGUGCGUAUCGUGACUGUUAUUCGUGACACUCGGAGCACGCAUCAUAGGUAGGAUGGUGGAGUGGAGUGAGAGGGCAGCGAGAUUCCGCGGAACGGACAGCGACCCUCAACCACAACCAUCCAUCGGCAUCCUUCCUUGCUAUCAAGGCGCGCCCAAGUGAAAAACCCCGGCGCUAUCGACGACACGCGGGAUCGCAGCGCCUCUACCCGCCCGCUCCCUUGCGCCCCCAUUGGGCCCUCUUGUUCGUCUUCGCCUCUCUCCAUGCUCCUCGCUCCCUUUGGUGUAUUUGAUCUGCUAUGUCUGCUAUCCAAACGUUGACGCGCCGAUGCAUGUAUGCAGUAGCAAACAAUGUGUAAGCAGCGAAUGGCUGCCCGAGUCAGCCGGUCCCUAGAAUUCGGGAGACCUGCAACGACUUGCUGUACUCUGCACUGCGCCCGCGCCGCGGCAUGGGGUCCUCCUUCCAUGAUCCCUGCCCGCAGGCCCCUUCGUUCGAAUCACAGCGCAUAUGCCGGGCCUAGUCCAUCUGCCCACACCACCCUCGACGCACGGCCGUCCAUCUUCCCGCUGUCCCGCUCGGCGCACUCCCUGGAAGCAUCUCUCGCCCAUGUCCCACUUGAAUCCAACUCCCAUCUCGUUGUCGCCAUUAUUCCCGUUUACGACAUCCCCCUCCCAGUUUUCCUGUCUAUUCGCUUUGUUGCUUCUCUUCAACGGCUGCCCAUCCGCCUUGGUAUGCCUUUCCUGGUCUUUGGGAUCCUCGGCCCCGCUAAAACUCUUCAACGGCUAUACUCCCCAAAACCGUGACGCCCGCGACACCACAGCAAAGCGAAUCAUGGCCAUACCAGAAGAAAAUUUCAACAAAUGCACCAUCUGUUGAUGAUGUGGAUAAUCCAUAGUUUGGUUAUUAUAACAACCAACAUGCGCUUACUCAUUCCACCCCGUCCAGAUCCACCUUGCAUCUUCCCUUUCCCCCUUAUUUGGGUCUUCACUGCCCGUCAAUUCGGUAACCUUCACCCCUUUUCGAUUUAUUGUUUGCUCGCUUCUGUUUUCCUUUUCCUUUUCUUCUUUUGCUUCUUCUUGCCCGGAGGUGCGUGCAUGAAAAUCUAACCCCAAGCUGUAAGCGAAGGUGAUGCAAUUCGACUCUCGCAUACAAUCAUAUUUUGUUUUCUCUUUUCAGUCGUCGUGAAUGUGUGCAAAACAGUCGACAUACAAACUCGGGCAUAAUGCAUCAAGGCAUGCUUCGGUACACCAUGUGUGUGUUGGAACGGCGCACUGCAUCAUGUCCAGGUACAAACACAGCAUCCAACACAUGACAGGUAGAGGCUUUCUGCAAUCUCCACAAUGGUUACAGCUACCACUGUACAACAAAGUGAUCUCUACAAGAAAAGAAGAGAAAAAGACUGUAGGGACAAUAUGACAUCUCCAAGUCACUCCUAUGCACACUUGCUCUUGAAAGAAAAGAGACUCCAUGAUCUGGGCCUCCGUCUCCCGCAUCUCCUUCAGGCAAGAAAAAACUGGAAAAAAAGAGAGAGAGAAAGAGAAAAGCUCGGUCGCAAAGUAUACAGAGCAGCGAUGAAGUUUAGGCCACCCAGACCAAACCAUCCACCCAAAUUCAUGAAUCCGUCUCAAUCUCAAUAUCGACACCUAAGAAUGAGGCCGAAAGGUCGAGCAGGAAAGCUUUGGAACGCAAACUGCUUCGAUGUUUUCAUAAUGGGAUGGGACUACGCCCAUUCUAUCGCGUACGGCGAUGAUUUGGGGAUCAGAGUUUUAGUCUGAUAUGGUUUGAAGGUGACUUACAGUCUCGACAGCGACUGCAGUAAAACGGACACUAUGCUCCGAUAGGACUUUCCCCCGUGACAGAAUACAUACAUUCUUGAUACUUGCUCCCCUGGAUCCUGACUUGAUAAAUCACCCAACCAAAGCCGAUUCAUCACCGUUCUGCGCUAGUCUCCGGAUACUCUUCUUCGUCUUGAGAGCCUUUAGUAGCCUUGUGCUUAUAUUACUGCGGGUCAGUGC